AAGCAUGUCCUCUGGGGGAAGAAGAAAGUGCACCUAUGUACAUUUGAUUUUCCUUUAAGCCAGUUGAAUAUGGAUCCUGACUUUGGUUGCGUCCAAAUCCUCAUACUACUCUACCAAACAAUAGCUACAUAAUCUACUACGCUGAUGAAUGGACUGCUAAUUCUGACAUGCGGUUCAGUGCGUUGUUCUUUCACUUUUUGUUUAGUUUCACACCUGCAUUGAGAUAAACGUGAGCUUUUGAAAUUCUUUUUAGUCCAUACCACAAAAAAUAACCCAGGCUCAGUGAAUGACAGCGGACAGUGAGUGCUGUGCGUGUGGGGUCAAUCAGUCAGCCGCUUGGAGCAGAAGAGCAGAAGUGAGAGACUCGAGCCAAAGUCUGUUGACAGCUAGCAGACAGCACGGCUCUCUGCUGAAGUUCGUCCUGCUUCAAAACCAGGAAAACAAGGCUUGUGUAUCCUAAAUCUUCAACGCAUGCGUUCGCUGAACAGUACCGAGAUCGAUGCUGAGCAUCCGUCGAUUUAUUUCAAUGCCACGAAGUUAAGAGACGGGACGGAACAAUGCUAGCUGGCUAGCCAAGCUAAGCUAGCUAACAUAGUUCUCUUUAACCAGCUGAUUUUGUAGGUUAGCUUGUUUGUUAUUUAUUUGGCGACUGGCUCUCUUUUCUCUUUUCACGCUGAGGUGGAUUAGGUUAGUAACGUCUCCCUGCUCGUGGACGUGAAGAGGAAUCGAAAUUUCUUCCAGUCUUUGCCGGACAUCUAAAUAUGGAAUCGUUUGAAAGUGAGCGAGCCCCACUCCCCAGGAACAUGAUUGAGAACAGCAUGUUUGAGGAGGAGCCAGAUGUGGUGGAUUUGGCGAAGGAGUCCCCAUCCUAUCCAAUCGAUUCAGAUGACGUGGUCUAUGAGCCACGCAGUUCCAGGUUGUUGGUACGAGGCCUUGGGGAGAAUGACCUGGACGAAGAAGAGGAGGAUUACGAGUCCUCCGCAAGGCUUCUUGGAAUGUCCUUCAUGAACCGUAGCUCCAGCCAGCGCAGCGCCGCCGCCUCCUCCUACACCCGUCAGCAGCCCUCCAACUCCUGCUCCGUGCCUUCUGCAAAGAAAAUGGUGGUGGGGAUCUUGGUCCUAGUCAUCAUUGCCUUUGUUGCCAUGUUCAUCUACUUCGUGCCACGUUGUACCUUCUCCAAGGAUGGCUGUCAAAAGACCAACUCCUCCAUUGAACAGCUUUAUCCCAAAGCAUCAAAUGGAGAACUUUUCCCAUGGACAGGGCUGAGGCUUCCCGCCAGCGUGCAUCCAGUUCAUUAUGAAAUCUCACUCCAGCCGAACCUGACUGCCAUGACCUUCCAAGGGAGCGUGGCCAUCAGCAUGGUGGUCUUGCAGGAAACCAAUAAGAUUGUUUUGCACAGCUAUGAUAUGAAGAUCAUCAACAGUACUUUCCAGGAUGAAAAGGUGAACAUCUUGGAGUACAAGCCCUGGCAGCAGAUCGCCAUCAAGGUUUCAAAGGAACUCAAAAAGGGAGAAAUAUAUGUCUUGAAAAUUCACUAUUCUGCAAACCUCUCCAACAGCUACGAUGGCUUAUAUAACAGCUCUUACAUUGACACAAAUGGGAAAAGAAGAGUUUUGGCUGCUACUCAGUUUGAGCCCUUGGCUGCCCGCAAAGCUUUCCCUUGUUUUGAUGAACCCGCCUUUAAAGCCAGUUUUGUAAUUAAGAUAACGAGAGAAGCCGAAUACAUCAGCCUUUCAAACAUGCCUAAGGUUAAAACUACUCCGUUAGGCGACGGGCUUUUUGAAGAUGAGUUUGAGAAAAGCGUUAAUAUGAGCACCUAUCUUGUGGCAUUUGUCGUGGCCAACCUCAGCAGUGUCAGUAAGAAUGUCUCAAACACUCUGGUCUCUGUAUAUGCGGUUCCAGAUAAGAAGGACCAAACUCAUUAUGCGCUGGAGACCGUUGCCAAGCUGUUGGAGUUCUACAACCGUUUCUUUGAAAUCACAUACCCUUUGAGCAAAUUGGACUUAGUAGGCAUUCCAGACUUCUUGGCUGGAGCCAUGGAGAACUGGGGACUCAUCACAUUCCGGGAGACGACUCUGCUCAUAGGCGACCAUUCCUCCCCCAUAGAUAAGCAACUAGUGACCUCCGUCAUCGCCCAUGAACUUGCGCAUCAGUGGUUUGGGAACCUAGUCACCAUGCGCUGGUGGAAUGAUCUUUGGCUGAAUGAAGGCUUUGCAACCUACAUGCAGUACAUGUCUAUUGAGGAAGUGUUCCCAGAGCUUGAUAUUGACAAUGAAUUCCUGAGUGUCCGUUUCAAAGCCUUAGCUAAAGAUGCGCUGAAUUCAUCCCAUCCAUUGUCUACUAAAGUCUACACUCCAGAAGAGGUGGCAGAGAUGUUUGACUCUGUGUCUUAUGAGAAGGGUGCCUCCAUUUUGCUCAUGCUCAAAGCAACACUCAGUAAGGUAGCAUUCAGGAAAGGUGUAAUCGAGUAUUUGAAAAGGUACAGGGGCCUAAACACGCAGAGUGAAGAUCUGUGGAUGAGUCUUUCACAAGUAACAAACCCACACACUGAUGUAGCUGAGAUGAUGAACACUUGGACUGUUCAGAAAGGCUUUCCACUGGUCACUGUGAACAGAACAGGCAUACAAGUGAACCUGAUGCAAGAACAUUUCGUCCUGAAUGCCGACAAUGCCACAGAUCACAGCAACCUGUGGCACAUUCCCCUCACUUAUGUCAGUGACAUUUGUAACAACUCCAGCUCUUGUAAGCAAGUGUUUCUCUUCAAGGAUAAAACAGCCACUAUUGAGGUUUCAGAGAAAGUGAAAUGGCUGAAGUUUAACUACAGGAGUGAUGGUUUCUACAUAGUGGAUUAUGGAGAACAGGGCUGGAGGGCUUUGAUUAUAGCCUUGAAGGAAAAUGUGAAUGUUCUUCCUCAUGAGGACAGGGCAGCUCUCAUCAAUAACAUCUUUGCUCUAUCAAGGUCAGACAGGGUGUCCUUCAGACAGGUUUUAAAUCUGUUGGUAUACUUAAAGAAUGAGACAGAAACGGCGCCCCUGACUGAAGCCCUGACUCAGCUCAACCACAUCUUCAUGCUGCUAGACAAGAGAUCUGAUUUGUUAUUGGUGUCCAGGAUGACGACAUACAUUUUUACGGUUUUUGGUGAUCUGAUGGACAGCCAGUCUUGGGAAGAGGAGAGCUCUGUGUCUAAGCAAGCACUUAGAUCAGCCCUACUCGAGACAGCCUGCCACCUGGGCAGGCCUAAUUGCACAAAUCAGGCAAACAGACUCUUUGUUCAAUGGAGAACUUCCAACAAAACUGAACAUAUUCCUGGAGACCUCCUGAAAACGGUUCUGUCUGUGGCAGCCCAAACUGAGAAAGGUUGGCAGGUGUUACUCGAUACUUACAAACACUCCAUCUAUGACUCGGAGAAACGCAAGACACUGCAGGCCUUGGCUAGCACACAGGAUGUGCGAAAAAUUGUGUGGAUCCUUAAAGCUGCUCUUGAUGGAAGCGAAAUUCAGACUCCUGAACUUCCUCUUGUGAUUAGCACAGUGUGUAGACAUUCUGCAGGCUACCUCCAUGCCUGGGAUUUUGUAAAGGAGAACUGGGACAAACUUACACAAAAAUUUUCCAUUGGAAGUUUUCCCUUGCAAAGCAUCAUCAUGUCCACAACCAGUCAGUUCUCGACAAAGACACAUCUUGAUGAGGUUGAGAGGUUCUUUGGCUCUCUGAAGGAGAGAGGAUCUAAAAUGAGGAGCGUUCAGGAGGCCAUCGAGACCAUCAAGCUGAACAUACAAUGGAUGGACAGGAACCUGGUCACACUUUGGAAAUGGCUGUAGUCUCAAGGGCCUGCAGCCGUCUCACUGUUGCACACUCCCCCUCUCCCCCCCUCAGGUGAUGUGGCCGAGUACCUGUGAGUGACGUUACCGUAACACACAGCCUGAGCCAUACGUGUACAGAUAUGGGCCAUGGACAGGGACGAAUCGGGGGUACUUUUAUUAGUAUUUUUAUUGUUAUUUUUAAUAGAGCUUACCGCUUUUGUUGUUCUGUUUAUUAUACCCUCCUGUUCUGUUUUUUUUUUUCUUUUCUUUUCUUUUUGUGGACUAAACUGACUAGCUGGCUAGAUUCUCGAUUGUCUCUUGAAAACAAAUGUAUCAGAAGAAAUCAACUCAUGAAGCAAAUGUGGUUAUGGUUUAGAAUGUUAUGUGUAGUUAUCAGCACUGUGUUGUUUAUGGGCUUCCUGUAUUGUGGGUAACGACAUUGUGCCUGUUUUUGCCUUCAAGCAUUGCUUGUGGCUUCAGGUCACACGGGAAACUUGCUGCUUUUGGGGUGGCUUCAUGAUGGCCCAUCUCUGCACAUUUGUGGCUCUGGCCUAUGAACCUGUUUGCACUAUUAGGAGUUCCAGCUUGCUCAGGGCUACUCUGGCUGGUUAUGAAUGAUGACGCGUUAGAACUCAUUUGCUUCCCACUGCAAUAGCUACAGACCAAACCUCUCCGCAGUAUCUCUUCAACAUGCCUUUUGCCUAUGUUGCCAAAAAGCUUGUCAAUUAAGGAAAGGUGAAUUUGAUUUGUGAAAUCCUGCGAUGGCGAUGGCUGAGAAGUAUAACAAUAGAACUCCUUUUUGUGUUGAUGGUCGUGCACCUGUGGUGCUAAGAUAGCGUAUCUGUCUGGAUAUGUGCAGACAAUCAGUUUUUUAAGUCAUUUGCAAAGCCUCUCAUUUAUAUGAGUUGCUUUUUUUCCCCUUUAUGUACAAUUUGAAAAGUGCAUAGUCAUCUGGAACUUGCAACGCCUGUAGCCGGGACUGUGUAAAUACUCUUGCCUUAGCAGUUUUCCAUACAAGCCUCAUCCUUUGCUUUGAGUCUGAAAGUUUGUUUUAGUUUGCCGAUGUAUAUAUAGUGUUUUAUAUUUUUGUGCAGACUUGCACAAAGCAAAGUCAGAAGCUUUUUUUUGCCUUGAUAAAGUUUAUGCUAAAGCUUAGGAUUUAAGUGUGGGUUUUUAUUUUGUUUUCAGUGUUGCUGUGCACAUUGUGGAAGACAUUGAAAGUAUCUAAUUAUAAUAUUAGCUUAAAAUGCAUCAGGAAAAAUGUUGAAGGCUACACAGAGUAGACUUUGGAAUUAUUGGUACCUAUUAAUAUAUAUGAAGAAAACAUAUUUAAUGUUCAUACAUCAAGGGAAUCAUAAUUUUUCCAAACAUUUGAAUGUUUUUUUUUUUGGAAUCAAGGCAUUGUAAACAUGUGCCAAAAUUAUUGAGACCCAUUUAAAUGCUCAAAAAUCUGUCUUGGCUGAAGAUGAAAAUGACAUUGAGCCAGAAUGCCCUUCAGAUUUUUUUUGUUAAUUUUAAUGAAUUAUUACUUAAAGGCCUUUUAUAAUGAUAGUAAACAAAUGUCAUUACAUCUAAAAAUAUAUACAGUCCAUGUAUGAACUAAGCUGCAAAACGGCCCAUUUUGUAUUCUUUGUGGUUGUUGUGCCAGAAGCCUGAGCAGAUUUACAUAUUCCCAUCCAUUGCUGUUGAAGUGAUGAGGAAUGUUGUUAUUACUGUCUAUAACAUAACUUUGAGUCAAAGAUGUGGAGGGAAAUAACUAAACUGUUAGGAAGCAAAAGAAUCAUCCCUGGCUUUUAAAGGACUCAGACAGACGGGCAGUGUUUGCACAAGGCAAUGGCAGGCACCUCCCUGGUGACAUGAGGUUCGAAAUGAUCAUCCAUCCAUCCAUCCAUCCAUUUUCUAAGCCGCUUCUCCAUCAGGGUCGCGGGGGGGUGCUGGAGCCUAUCCCAGCAUUCUUCGGGUGGAAAUGAUCAUGUAAAAAUUAAUUUCUUUGUAUAAGUGCAUAAUGAGAUCACUGUUACAUUCUUUUCCCUCUUCAUAUUCGUCAAGGGGUGCCAGUAAUUCUGUAGUUUGAAACUGAAGAUGAAGAGAUCUCCAGGGCUUAGUCUUAGACAGACUACUCCUGUUAAAUGUAAUAGUAACAAUGCAAAUUGCUAACUACUGUUAAUGAGAUGGAGCAGUUUGAAUGCACCGGUAUGAAGAUGCUGAAACAAUGUCAUCAUGGUACUCUGUAAUUAUUGUAUAGGAACACGUUGUUUUAUUGCACCUGAUAACAUGUAGACCUGAGAUGGUACUUAAAUUGUGCUAAUGCCAAGUUAGAGAUGCAGUUACUUUUCCUGCUGAAUGUAUAAACAGUUCUCAUUUUGUGUGGGAAUACAUCAGUGGCUUUAUGAUUGUUACUCCGUUGCAUCUGAUGUAGGGGUGCACCAAUACCACCAAUGCUAAUAAUUUACUGCAGGCAAAAUCGGUAGCUGCGCAGUUACAGUGUCAAAUGCCAGGAAUACUUUUAUUUGUUCUUAUGCUGUUCAUAAAUGCUGCCUUUAUGUGCUAUCACAGUUACCGUAAACAAGUUCUUGGCCUACAAAUGUAAGUCCUCUUAACUCUUAAUUGAAGGCUGCUGCAUGUAAAAGAAUUCAGUUUCUCAGAAGUCAUGGUUGGAGUUGGUACUCACAUCUCUGAUCUUUGUAUGGCAAGUCACAGAAUUUGAUUUAAAGACCUACUUUUUCAAAAUGUCUCCAUAAUAUAAUGGCUAAAUCAAUCAGUUUGAUGGUUUGAUGUGAAAUUCUCCAUUUUACAGACACUUGCCAAGUCAGAAUUGUUUGCAGUGGUGUUGUAUGUUUUUUUUUUUUUUUUUUUUUUUAAUCCACUCAUUGUGGGGAGGUUCAUGCAUGACAUUGAAGGCAAACAGGCCCCAAAGGAAACAUAUAUUUAGAUUUACAAUUAUUUCACCAAAAUCAACAUUACAUGUAAAAACUCAGAAGUCAUUUAGGUUCUUCAGUGGUUUUGCAUAGUAAAUAAAAUGGCUAUUAAUACAUUAUUGACAUCUCAACACCUGGUCUCCAUCACCACUGUGAAGAAAUCUCAGUCAGACAUUUCUCUGCAAUGAACCAGUCACAUCAAACCACUCUGAAUGACUUUUAUAGCUUGAUGAUUGAAUUAUUCAGAAUUUUUGGAAAAUUGUGAAAUUCCCUUUAACUACUAAGAGCACUGUAGAGUUUGAAAACAUUGUUAAAACACCUUUAUCUAACAGAAAACCCAAUGAUGUUUUAUCAAGUGAAAGGGAGUAUGCUUACUCUUCAAUGUGUGUGCCACAGUUUUGACUUUGUCGUCAGGAUUGUUUCAUUUGGUACACUUGUGGUCCUACAGGCCUCAUUUGUAUGUGCCUGCGAGGCUAUAGCAUAUCCCCUUGGUCGUUUUGCUGUUAGAAAGGGCACUUGCAAGUGCCCUCUGUGUACCCUUAGUUCGGCCUUUUGCAAGGACUGCACUGAGACUCCUCAGCGGCCUCUUACCAAAAUUCCAUGAGCUACAAGCUCGGACUGUUCAGAGCAGAUGGGUUUGUUUACAGCUGUCUGACUAACAUUGUAAAGAAGAUGGUUCUACCUUGUCACUGAACUGCAGUAUGGUUGUAGUUCAUAUUGAGCUGUUGAGUAGUAUUGGUGCACCAUCAUUUCCAAUUCAAACCAUACAAAAUGAGACCGAUUUUAAAUAAGGGUUUAUGUACAAUACUUCUUACUGUAUUUCCAUGACUAUUAAGAUGACCUUGUUACAGCCUUUAUACAGCGAGACAUCCACACCUGUUGGUUUGUGGGGUUUUAUUUUGUGCAUCAUCCAGGUUUAUGGCUGAUUUUUUUAACUUUUUUUUUUUGUUGUUGUUCCUUCUCUGUGAAAAUGUCAGGUAGAGCUAAGAAAGAAGCUGACGUCAUUUUCUUACGUCCCAGAUUCGUAUUGUUUUUCUUCUGUUCUUGCUGCACCGUUAAAGGUAAUUGAAUAAGAAACAGGCAAACAGAAGCCAGCAUCAGCCUCAAGGGCUGAGAGACGUAUGUGUGUUUGCCAUUAGCUCCUGUUCCAAUGAUAAGCUCUUCAGCACUUUCAAAUGUUCAUGUACAGCUGUUAAACGAAUGUAUAUUGAUUUUCCUUUUCACUUGCUCUUAUAGAUGGAAAUACACAUUUGUCCACUGUUAUAGAUUCUUUUUUUUUAUCAUUUCAUUUUUGAGCAAAGAUGCUAAGGCUGUCAUCUGUUCAAAUUCUUUUAGAUGCUGUUGGAAUGCAGUGCUUAUCUUGCCUCAUUGGGAAAUAUUUUAUUUAACUCUUUCUCUCUACACUCCUGUCCUCUCCCUCCCUCCUUCUCCAAUAUUUUAUUUUGCGCAAAAGCUUUACACUGGACUUCACCCAUAACAUUCAGAGGUUAUAUAAAUGAACAUAUAUAUAUAUAUAUGAUACUGUUGAACUGUCUCUUUAAAAGAAAAGGAAAAAACAAAUAAAUUGCCUUUACAAUGCCUCUGAUGUUUUUCUCUUGUCCUUUGUAUUGUCUAAUUGUGGUCAGUCCCACUAGAUGGCACUGUUCUUCUUUAUAUGAUAAACUGACCUGUGGUCUCACAAAUGAAAA